CUGCGCGCCGGCACCAUGUUCUUGGCGACUCUGUACUUCGCGCUGCCACUACUGGAUAUGUUCCUGUCGGCGGAGGUGAGCGGCGGGGACCGCCUGGACUGCGUGAAAGCCAGCGACCAGUGCCUGAAGGAGCAGAGCUGUAGCACCAAGUACCGCACGCUGAGGCAGUGCGUGGCGGGCAAGGAGACCAACUUCAGCCUGGCAUCGGGCCUCGAGGCCAAGGACGAGUGUCGGAGCGCCAUGGAGGCCCUGAAGCAGAAGUCGCUCUACAACUGCCGCUGCAAGCGGGGCAUGAAGAAAGAGAAGAACUGCCUGCGUAUCUACUGGAGCAUGUACCAGAGCCUGCAGGGAAAUGACCUGCUUGAAGACUCCCCUUACGAACCAGUGAACAGCAGAUUGUCAGAUAUAUUCCGGGUGGUCCCAUUCAUAUCAGACGUUUUCCAGCAAGUUGAGCACAUUUCCAAAGGGAACAACUGCCUGGAUGCGGCCAAGGCCUGCAACCUGGACGAUACCUGCAAGAAGUACAGGUCGGCCUACAUCACCCCGUGCACCACCAGCAUGUCUAACGACGUCUGCAACCGUCGCAAAUGCCACAAGGCCCUUCGGCAGUUCUUCGACAAGGUCCCAGCCAAGCACAGCUACGGAAUGCUCUUCUGUUCCUGCCGGGACAUCGCCUGCACUGAGCGGCGGCGACAGACCAUCGUGCCUGUGUGCUCCUACGAAGAGCGAGAGAAACCCAACUGCUUGAACUUGCAGGAGUCCUGCAAGACGAAUUACAUCUGCAGAUCUCGCCUUGCAGAUUUUUUUACCAACUGCCAGCCAGAGUCAAGGUCUGUCAGCAGCUGUCUUAAGGAGAACUAUGCGGACUGUCUUCUGGCCUACUCGGGGCUCAUUGGCACUGUCAUGACCCCCAACUACAUAGACUCCAGCAGCCUCAGCGUGGCCCCAUGGUGUGACUGUAGCAACAGUGGGAAUGAUCUGGAAGAGUGCUUAAAAUUUCUGAAUUUCUUCAAGGACAAUACGUGUCUUAAAAAUGCCAUCCAAGCCUUUGGCAAUGGCUCGGAUGUGACUGUGUGGCAGCCAGCCUUCCCAGUACAGACUACCACUGCCACCACCACCACAGCCUUCCGGGUGAAGAACAAGCCCCUAGGACCAGCAGGGUCUGAAAAUGAAAUCCCCACACACGUCUUACCACCUUGUGCAAAUUUACAGGCACAGAAGCUGAAAUCCAAUGUGUCAGGCAGCACACACCUCUGUCUUUCUGAUCGCGAUUACGGAAAGGAUGGUCUCGCUGGUGCUUCCAGCCACAUAACCACAAAAUCAAUGGCUGCUCCUCCCAGCUGCGGUCUGAGCCCACUGCUGGUUCUGGUGGUAACCGCUCUGUCUACUCUAUUAUCUUUAUUGUUGGCAGAAACAUCGUAGCUGCACUCAGAACAAAACAAAUCAAAACAAAAACAACAAAAAAAUAUGGACGUGUAAAAAGGCAAAAACCAAGUAAUCUGUUUCCUGUCCUCUUGUAUAUCUGAAAAAAUAAUCCAUUUUUAGGAGCUCAGUUGAGAAACAGUUUCAUCCAAGUGGAACUUCUGUUUUGUCAUGUUUUAAAGAGAGCUUCUUGUGAUCCCAAGGGGCUUCAGUGGAAAACCACUGCAGAGUUACAUUCCAAACUCAGAGGGCUUUGGGGCAUGCUGUAUUGUAAGGGGACAAUUUGUAAAUUGGACUAUAAAGCAAGCUAAGACUAUGUUUUUGAUGUUCAUGGUGAUUUUAAUGGCUUAAACUCUGGUUUUCCUCACUAGAGAAGGAGACAGUAUUUCUAAUGGUUCUUCCACAUCUCACGUAAUCGCUUUGAUAUCUGAUGACACCCCAGGAAACCUGACAAGAAUGAUGAUACUGUUUUUGUUUUUGUUUUUGUUUUUUUUGCCACAAAGGGAAGGUUGUCAUCAAGUCAUCAAGAGUGGACUUUGUAGAAACAAGCUUGUACCGAUGUUCGCCUUUCUAUAUAUGUUUUUCACGGCAAUGUUUAUGUACUAUAACCAGUUCUGUGUUCUCUUACAACAAAAAGCACCCGUUACAUCCAAAUGUAGUACCUGUCUUUUAGACCAGUGAGAGGGAGAAUGGGUGUAGACCUCACAGUAUCCUGGAUCCUUGAUGGACCCUCUCCCAAGCCUUGCCUGUGUGAGAAGCCCUUAAACUAACAGGAGUAGAGUAUAAGAAAAUGUCAUUCUAAUGUUCUUCGUACUUAUGAGGUUAUAUGUAGACAGAAAAUCUUACUACUCUAUGAUUUCAACUAUUGGCUUUCUAUAUUUUGAAAGUAACGAUACUGCCUUCAUUUUUUACUGAUGGUUUAAUACAAAAGACGUGCAGCUUGUUUUCGUCUCCUAAGCAGUGUCAGCUCCGAUAUUAACGUCACAGAUUCAGCUCUUCUGCGGCCGACCCCGAGGAGCCUGGUGCGUUAGCAGAGAGCUCUGCACCACGUGACUGCAGACAGGCAGCGGGAUGCAGAGUCGCCAGCCACCGUCUUUUACCAUGUCCCGAAAAGCAAGCAUGCACACCUGUGAAAGACACAGGACUUCCUGUAAAUAUCCUGCAAUCGGAUGGCACUUCGGGCAGUUGACGGAACCCCAGUACCUUGGAUUUUUAUGUUCUCUGACAAAGGUAGCUUUGAUUGAGUCAGGAGACAGGGGACAGAGAUGGACUGGCCUCUUUGUCAAAGCUGACCCCUGCCAGGGGCCCGGUUGUUUUCUUGAGGAGUGUCUCAUCCUGGAUGCGGUGUCCUGGGCAGUAUUUAGAGCAGUUUGGUCUGCAGGUAUCAGGCAUCUGCUUGCCUCUCGUUCUAUGCCUUUCAUGAAGGACUGUGACAGUAUGAAGGAAUGAUGGUUUGUGAAUCUAGCGGGUUGACGUCAUGUCUGGACAGAGGAGUUGGCUGACAUAGAUACACAGAAUGGGACCGGACUCUUAUGAUGCCACCUGGUUUCUUAGAGGUCCAUCAUGUCCUAUCCCCCUUCUCACCUGAGCAGAUCGUAAAUGCACAUCUGAAUUCUAGCUUUGAGGGUUGGGCUCAGACCCUGUAACGAUUGCUUAUUGGAAGCUAUGCUUCACCUAGAUGAGUAAAGAAGAGAGACCCCCCGGCCCCCAUAGGAGUCUGGGAGCACAUGCUUACUUCCUACCUGCAGGAGGCCAGAGGAGGAAGUCCUAGUUCACAUUUCCUGCCAAUCCCCUUUGCCUACUGAGUUUUGCCUUGGCAUAUGAAUGGGAUCGCUAAGGGAGGGGAAGAAACCUAUGAAAGCUGAGAGAUAGAUCUAGCCUUUUAGCUGUUUUGGUGUUAGAAGUACAUUGAUAUUCACAUGUUAAUAAACACCAAUGUAAAAUACUCAGCCCUAACAUGUUUCAACUUCAGAAUUUUUUUUUGAAGGGAAUGCGUCCAACAUCCAACUGCAUUUAUCAGCGAAAAGUCCCAUGAAGACUCUUACUUUGAAUAAACACAUUCAAUGUGUCAAAACA